UGGCAUUAUCAUAAAAAAUAAAAAGUUAAGCCGAGAGGGCGUUUUAAGAUUUAUCAUUUUAUUUUAUAGUUGAGUCUGGCAACUUCGAGAGCAUUUAGAAGUUGGGAGAGAUCGUGAGAACAAAUGAGAAACUGAAACCGAGAAAAUAGGAGGAGAAAGAGAGAUUUGGUCACUUGGAGUGUGUGUGAUUAUACAUCUAUCAUCAGACCGAUUUGGAACUGGAAUCUGUUUUGUAGUAGUAGACAAUGGAGGAAAUAAGAUCUGCGAUGGAGCAACAAAUGGAUCUGAUGGCGGAUCUGGUCCAGAAGCUCUCGGGAGAGCUCCGAACCGGAUUACAACCUGCCUACGCUAAUUUCAUAGGUUUUUUCCACGCCAUCGAUUGGAAGGAACCGUGGAUAAUGGGAUUAAUUGCGUUUCAUGCUCUGUUUCUAAUGGCCACUCUUCUCUCUAGAAGGCAUCUCAACUUCCACAUGUUCCUCUUCUUAUUCGCUUUGGGUGGGGUAUACUUCGCGGAGAGUCUCAACCGGCUCUUGAGAAAACACUGGAAGAGCUUCUCAACUCAAAAUUACUUUGACCCCCACGGAGUCUUCCUCUCGGUUCUCUGGUCUGGACCACUUCUGGUCAUUGCAAUGAUAAUCCUGAUAAACACACUCUUUUCCCUUUGCUACCUGAUUGUAAAAUGGAAAAGAGCUGAGCUCAGGCAUCGUGCAAGGCUUGCUCGUACCAAGCAGGAAUAGAUCCCGAAGCUCUCUCUUAUCAGCAUAUCGUUUGUAUACUCAUACUUUGCAACAAACUGUUUUCUAUUUGACUUAUAUUUCCUUUUAAACUGAACGAACCAAACCAGAGAAAACCAAGCCUGAUUAUUCUA